AUGGAUAAACCGACUUUCGUCUUCUCGCUCGGUGCCUGGAACACUCCUAUCGUCUUCGAUGCCGUGCGUGACCGUCUGAAUACCCUCGGUUAUCCUUCCGAGUGCCCUGCGCACCCCUCUAUCGGCGCUGAGCCCCCUUCCCUGACAUUGGAAGACGACGUUGCCUCUCUGCGUAGAGUAUUGAUGACUCUAGCAGAUGAGGCAAAGGACAUUGUUCUUGUGGCACACUCCUACGGGGGUGUCGUAGCUUCCACAGCUAGCGAGGGGCUGUUGAAGCAGGUCCAUGCGGAGACUGGGAAGCCCGGAGGCAUUGUGAAGAUUGUAUAUCUGGCUGCAUUUGCGCUAGACAAAGGACAGAGCUUGCUGGGAAUGCUGGGAGGAGCUUAUUUACCCUGGAUGAAGGUCGAGGGCGACUACGUUCACGCCGACGGCGCGGGCGACGUUGGCUGGCAGGACCUGACCGUCGAGCAGCAAGAAAAAUGGAAUUGCACAACAAUGCACACCUCGCGUGCGGUCUUUUCGGGCGAAACCACCUAUGAGCCAUGGCGUGAUAUUCCCUGCUCCUACAUCAUCUGCGAGCAGGAUCAGGCCCUGCCACCAGCUAUCCAGGAGUUUUUUGCCUCGAAAAUGGGUGGGUCUGACACUACCCACCGUCUUCCGAGCUCGCAUUCGCCUUUCUUGAGUAUGCCUGAUCGCCUGGUGGGUAUUCUGGGAGAGAUAGUGAAGGUGUAA